AUGAUGUACAUAUACUGUACAUGUCAUGUUGUUUAAACGUGUCGAGCAUGUUUAGAUUAGGUUAUGUUAGGAACGUUGUCCUUUUAAAACUUAUGUUGUUGUACAGUUAAAAAGAUUAUAUUUAAAACAAAACAAUUUAAAACAAGAUAUUAAACAACUCUGCAAUUUUAUAUAUUUAUACUUACGAACUAUUGAAUUAAUUUUUUAAAUCAAUAUAAAAAUAUGAGCACGCAGAAGGGGAAUUCAAAUCGAUCAAGACCACAAAAAUAUAAAAAUCAUUCUGCUUUUAAAAAUGAUCUACACGAUAAGUCACAUAAAACAAAAAUGAUCAAUAGCAUUCAAGUAGCAUGUGUAUGUGAAAGAUGUAAGCAGAUCAUUGAAUGGAAAAUUAAAUAUAAGAAAUAUAAGCCAUUAAAAACACCUUCAAAAUGUAUAAAAUGUCAGCAGAAAUCAGUAAGGCAAGCAUAUCAUAACAUUUGUUUAUCUUGUGCUAAAGAAAAUGAAGUGUGUUCAAAAUGUGGCAACAGAAGUGACGUUAUUGAAGGAAAACCUACUAAAGAAGAGUCCAUGAAGUUAGAUGCCGAAUUACAAAAUCUUCUUAAAGAGUUACCUGAACGAAAACGCAGAACAUUCAUACGCUAUAUGAAUCAAAAUACCACAAAUAAGAAAAACAAUUCCCAAAUAAAUAAGAAUCCAAGCAAGAAGCAUGAAAGUGAAGAAAAUGGCAGUAUAGAAGAACCAAAAAAUGAGUCCGAUAUAGUGUCCUUAUAUGAUUUAUUAUUAAAAUUAAAAUCACUAGUAGUUAAAAAUGAAGAUGAUGAUGAAGAUGAUUUUGGAGAUGAUACUUGGGAUUCGGAUUCUCUUACAUAAGAAUAAAUUGUUAUUUGUUCUUCAUUUUUACUUGUCUGUAUUAUAGUAAUAAAAAUUGUAACUAUUUUA